AUGUGGAGGUCAGAGGACAACUUACAGGAGUUCAUCCUCUACUUCCACCUUGUGGGUUCUGGGAAUCAAACUCGGGUCAUCGGGUUAGGCGGCAAGUGCCUUUACCUGCUGAGCCCCCUCAAGAGCGGGCGCAGGAUAGACGAGGACAUGCUGACUACUCUGAAGAUCCUCAUCAUCAGAGAGAGCGGGGUGGACAAGUCCAGCCUGCUCCUGAGGUUCACAGAUGACACCUUUGAUCCAGAACUUGCAGCAACAAUAGGUGUUGACUUUAAAGUGAAAACUAUUUCAGUGGAUGGAAAUAAGGCUAAACUUGCAAUAUGAUACGCCGGUCAAGAGAGGUUCAGAACCCUAACUCCCAGCUAUUACAGAGGUGUGCAGGGAGUUAUACUACUUUAUGAUGUCACAAGAAGAGACACCUUUGUUAAACUGGAUAAUUGGUUAAACGAAUUGGAAACAUACUGUACAAGAAAUGACAUAGUAAACAUGCUAGUUGGAAAUAAAAUUGAUAAGGAAAAUCGUGAAGUUGAUAGAAAUGAAGGCCUGAAAUUUGCACGAAAGCAUUCUAUGUUGUUUAUAGAGGCAAGUGCAAAAACCUGUGAUGGUGUUCAGUGUGCCUUUGAGGAGAUUGUUGAAAAGAUCAUUCAGACACCUGGACUGUGGGAAAGUGAAAACCAGAACAAAGGAGUCAAGCUGGCACACAGGGAAGAGAGCCACGGAGGAGGAGCCUGUGGUGGUUAUUGCUCUGUGCUAUAAACUCUGGGAAGUCCGUCUCUUGCAUAUUUGAUCAGAUAGUGACAUCUUUCUGUAUAUAAACUCUUAACUGCUAUUAGGGACCUUGCAGUUUGCACAUAAUUGUUUUUAUCAUGGCAGUGAGUAUUUGCAAGAACUCCCCUCACCGACUUUCCCAGGUGAAAUGUUAUGGUAAACAUGCACAGUUUGCAGUCUAUAGUUUGUUUUUUUUAAUGUAACGUAAAAUAGGUGUACCUUCAUGAGUACAUUUGGUUUUAUGAUUUACAUUUAUCAUGUCAUUUUCAAAAACAUCCGUCUAGUAUGUGUUGCUGCAAGUCUGCUUUUUUCCUCCCUUUUGCUUAAUUACUGAAUUACUUGGUAUGUAGAGCCGGGACGGUGGGGAGGGGUGGAGGUAUCAUCAGCCUACCCAGGUUCCCGUGAGGAGUGAC